UGUUUUCCACUGAUCUAUGCAUCAAGGGGCAAGGAAAUUCUUGUAAAUAAGAUGUUUCAGUCUAGAUACAAGAAUCAAAGAGACUGUUUUCCUAAGAAUCACUGGAUUCCUUCUGUUCAAGCAUGGAAGUGGUCUUGCACUAUCGACCACAUCAGAGAGAUCUAAUAAAGCUGCAGAAAUUUGCAGAAGCAGCAGUGAAGGAGUUUCCCAUUCGCCAGUUACCAAGAUUUGCACCCUGGUUUCCAAAUGAUUUACACAGACUUCCCCUCAAACCAAAAAAGCAGGCACCUGUUAUUUCUUGUGAGGAAGUGGAAGAAUUGAAACAGCUUUCUACACCUUCAGAAUAUGUUACAGGAUCUCCUGAUUAUGACUGCACAAAAAAUCUCCUUGAGUUUCACUCUAGCAUGAAACAUGGUCCGACUUUAAUCCAAGCACAGGCUGUUCACAGAGCAAUUAACUUGGACUGUCAAGGAGAGCCACCACCUAAUGGAAAACAGAAAUUGAAAAGGUCUUGGAGUGUCUCUCUCCCUAGAGCUAAACUCAGAGAGAAGAUCCAUCCUUUAUCUCAAGAACUGCAGAAUAAUUUGGAAAGACUAAAGCUGCAUGCAUUUUGUAGAGCCAAGUGGACAAUUGAACAGUCUCUUUGUAAAAACCAGAAUUUGGAGGACAUAUGGGUAAAAUUGAAUAGACUCAUUAAACAGAAUGAAUUGCCAUCUUGCAAUGCUACUAUCCAAAGAUCUGUGGGACAGAUAUGGAUUUUCUGUGAUAUAUUAUACUGUGAAUAUGUUAGAAAUAUUCUCAGGGAAAAGCUGAGCCUUACAGAUAAAAUGAAUUUACUUGUACAUAAAUAUGGAAUUAUAUUUAGUUUAUAACUACAGAUGUAAUUUAAUAAUAACAUUACUGUCAGAAAUACUAAAGUUUUUAAACACUUUAGAAUGUAUAGACAUUAGAAUAACUGAUAAAUUAACAGU